UGGGCGACGUUCUGGGUCAAUCAAAAGGAAGGUGUCGACCUCGAGACCCCGCCAACCGGCGGCAUAUUCAAUUUCAGCGCCACUCGUGAGGCUAAUGAAGACAUCACCGAUAUCAAUCUUCUCUCCAGCCGUCAACUCCAAGCUGCAACAAAUCGAUCACCGAACGUCGAGAUCAGCUUCAACGGGCUUGCCGAAACCAUCAAGGCCCUUCGUAACGACGCCACUCACCCACCCAAUCAAGCACCUAUCACACCUGCUCCCGACAUCCUUCGCUUGCCUGCUGUGCCUCCGCCUAGACUACCACCACGCUUGGGCCUGGCAGACUUUGGCACGCAGUACACUAUCUCCGCAGAGACCAUCACACAACUUAGGCUUAUGAAGGUUGUUGGACCUCAUGUGCUACGUUUACUCUCAAAGGAGGAUUUGUUAGCAGAGGGCUUGUCGCGGGGGCAGGUUGCUGAGGUCCGCGACGCGGAGGAGCGAUGGAUGAAGGAUAUUGCUACGGUGCCGUGGCGGUGCCACAUGCGUGUUCUCAUUCUCAGAUUUCUUUGUUCACACGCGCUCUCUCGUACUUAG